AUGCCUCCAAAAUCUGCAAAGACCACCCAGGGCUCUGAGCAAGGCGUGGAUGGGGAUAAUGCGUUUUUGGCCAUGUGUCUUCGCAAUAUCGAUCCCGACUCCAAGAAGGUCGACAUGGGUGCCGUUGCAGAGGCCUUGGGCUAUGGCAAUGUCAAGUCCGCCGGAAACCGAUUCAGUGCCCUGAAGAAGAAGUACAACCUCCGGGUUGAACUCUCCUACCAUCGGGGUGAUGGCCCUGCCAGCCCCAAGGGCCCCCCGAGCAAGGUACAGAAGCCCGGUGCCAGGCGCGGCCGCAAGCCUAACGCUGAGCCCGCCAAGGAGUCCAAGCCCAAGGAUGAUUCUGACAGUUCCGAUGACGAGAACGACGUCAAGGCAGAGAAGACCAGCGAGAAUGAAGCUUAG